UUCGACUUCGCGGCACUCCCCGCCGAGUUACGCACAACAAUAUAUGAGUUCGCACUACUCUCUGAUCAUCGCGAGCAUUGGAUAUGGCGAAAAAAUCUUCCCAAUCUACCUACCAUGCGAUUUCGAUACAACCAACCCUCGAGGAUGUUUCAAGAACGAUGCCCUUUCACCAACAGUGUUGCGUGCAAAGAUCCAAGAUGUCGACUUCAAUCUAGGAUGGGAUAUAUUGCCGAACCAGCUAAUUUCAAGGCUUACGCGUUCGGCCUGUUUUACACCUCGCGUCUUGUCUCGAAAGAAGCUCGUGCUGUUUUUUACGGCCAGACCCACUUCGUCUUCGAUAGUCGGUUCGACCUACACAUAUUCCUCACGAGUUUACAAAAGACUGCUGAGUUUAUCAAAAGCGUUACGUUCAAUUGGCUGAAGAGCAAUGGACCACACAGUGAAGAAACCAAACGAGAUUUCAAACGCUGGAGUCUGCGGUUCGAGCUUUCCUACGGACCUGAACUGUCAACUUCAAUCCGUGAACUCGCAGAAGCCUGUCCAAGAUUAGAGUUUCUGGAGAUGAUCGAU